GGUUGGACCGGGGCUUUUUAAGUGUCGAGCGGAUGCUCAAAUGCGCUUAAGCUUUCGGGUCUGUGUCGCUGAGUUUGGGGGAGCUGGUUAAAACCUCUUAAAGCUAGCUACUGCUCUUUUCUCUCCGGCUCCGGUUUGUUGCCUUCUCGGCUGCGAUGUUUCCUUUGGAGAACGUGGUGCUUUGUCGCGAAUCCCAAGUGUCUACUUUGAUGGCCUUGUUUGGAGAGCGUCAUCAUUUUAGCUUCCCUUCCAUUUUUAUUUAUGGACAUACAGCUAGUGGAAAGACCUAUGUGAUGGAAACUUUGAUGAAAACUUCAGAGCUUCCACAUGUUAUUGUGAACUGUGUUGAAUGUUUUACCUCAAGGAUACUGUUGGAGCACAUUUUAAACCAGUUGAAUUGUCUUACUCCUUCAAAAGAUGAAUGUACCUCUCAUAUAGCCUGUGAUUCAUUUAACGAUUUUGUUCGUUUGUUUAAAAAAGUGACUCAAGACCAGCGUAUAGAUGAUCAGACUGUAUAUAUUGUGCUGGAUAAAGCAGAAUAUUUAAGGGAAAUGGAAGCAAAUCUACUACCUGCAUUUCUUAGGUUACAGGAAUUGACCAACAGAAACGUGACUGUUAUAUUUCUCAGUCAAAUUGUUUGGGAAAAAUUUCGACCAAAUACUGGGUGUUUUGAACCAUUCAUCAUGUAUUUCCCUGAUUAUAGCAUAGGGCAUCUUCAAAAGAUUCUGUCUCAUGAUCAUCCUCCAGAGUAUUCAGCUGAUUUCUAUGCUGCCUACAUUAAUAUUCUCCUUGGUGUUUUUUACACUGUCUGUAGAGACCUGAAAGAGCUCAGACACCUGGCAGCUCUUAACUUUUCUAAAUAUUGUGAGCCUGUGGUAAAAGGAGAAGCUAAUGAACGUGAUACCCGUAAAUUGUGGAGAAAUAUUGAACCUCAUUUGAAAAAGGCUAUGCAUACUGUUUAUCUCAGGGAGAUAUCAAGUUCACAGUGGGAAAAGUUACAGCAAGAUGACACAGAAAUGGGACAAUUGAAAGGUCUUUCUGCACAUGCUCAUGUAGAACUUCCAUAUUACUCCAAAUUCAUUCUAAUUGCUGCGUACUUGGCUUCAUAUAAUCCAACGAGAACAGAUAAAAGAUUUUUCCUAAAGCAUCAUGGAAAAAUCAAGAAAGCUAGUUUUAUGAAAAAACAUGAAAAGACUAGCAAUCAUCUUCUUGGACCAAAGCCAUUUCCUCUGGACAGAUUGUUAGCAAUAUUAUACAGUAUUGUAGACAGCAGAGUUGCUCCAACUGCAAAUAUUUUCUCCCAGAUUACCUCACUUGUGACCCUUCAGCUGUUAACUUUGGUUGGCCAUGAUGACCAGCUUGAUGGACCAAAAUACAAAUGCACUGUGUCUUUAGACUUCGUCAGAGCUAUUGCAAGGACGGUGAACUUCGACAUAAUAAAAUACUUGUAUGAUUUCUUGUGAAAACAAGCUUCCCAGCUUCACAUAUGGACACUGUGACAGUGACUAAGCCAAGCUGUGUUCAUCCAUCACUUAGCUGGCCAGGGAGAGGAGUGUUUUGGCUCUAUUGGAUUUGUCCAAACAGGUGCUGGCCCAGCAUGGCAUCCGAUGAAAAUACUCUGAUUGGUCUGGGUGGAUCUGAGCAGAGGACUAUUUACCAGAGACCCUGGAGUAUUUGGAAGCAAUGUGUUAAUUAUAAACAGCAGGGUUUGAGCACAAUCUGUUCUAUUCUUAAUGAUGUUAUCUUAACACUGAAAUUGCCUGAAACCCAUUUACUUAGGACUGCAUUUUGCUCUGUGAACUAUCCCCUGCGCUUUGAACGUGCCAGCAGCCCUUGUUUGUAUGCCCAGUUUUUUCACUUCCCCUCUGCAGGAGUCUUUGCAAUUGCCUGCCAAAGCAGCUUUUUCCUAAGGCCACCAUUUUAAGAGACUGAAAUUGUGAAAUGUAAUAAAUAUCAGGUUAUAUCUAAAUCCAAAUGGUUAUGUAUGUUUAUCUGUGUAGAUCGUAAUUUUCUCAGAACAGAAGGUAGUUUUGAUCAUACAUAGAUCAACUUUGUAUCUCUGACCAGCUGUAAUAACUGCAACCUGGAAAAUACUUGUGUGAUACUUAUCUGGACACCCACUUGCAAUUAACUGUCCAAACUAAGGCUUUAUUAAUGUGAUUAACUUUUGUUUUUAACCAUUAGCUUUUAAAAUUUUUACACUGAAAACUGCCUGUUAACUGUAGACCUUGAUUCUAAUUUUCUUGUCUAAACUUGGUCUUUUAAAGGCACUUCCAGGUUAACAUUUGAAUAUUUGAAAAUUGUUUUAAGCUCAUUUAGAAUGCUUGAUAAAAGAGUCUAGUUUAAAUUUUAGUACAAAUGGAAUUUUCGUACUAUUUUUGAAGAAAAAUUCACAUUCUGCACUCUGAGGUAAGAAAUCUUUGUUUACAAUAAUUACCUGUCACAUAGGAACUAUAACUUACUAACACAAAGUACAGAUUAAAUGAGUAUUUAUUUACUUGAUGCAUACCCUGUAUUUAGCAGGUAAGGAGAAAGAAGAGAAAAAUAAAGUAUACCUUUUCUUUGUAGAAGAGAACGAGAAAAGAAAUUACUGUCCAAAAAGAUCAGUAUUCAUGGUGAGUGUGGCCUAUAAUGGCCUCAUUCUAACCAUUACUAGGGGGUACACUAUUCAUGUUAAGGCAGGACCAGUGAUAUACACAUGGAGAAGAUUGGGAGAUUUCCACACCAGAAUUCCCAGGCUUCCAGAAAAAUGAAGUCAUUUUGGUUCAGCCACUUCAAGUAAGGCUAACACCAAGUGGUGUAGCUUCUUAGUCCUAAAUACUCUGAUUUAAUAUAUUUUCAAAAAGUUUUUUGCUAAUCUGGUUAUGGAUAGAUUGGUGCUAAUACAGAGGAGGUGGAAAUAGUAACCAAAAACAAGAAAGAGAACUGAAGCAUAUUUUUUUAGUGUGUGACUCCUUUUCCCAUCCCCAACAUAUAGUCUAUCCUCAGAAUGGGUGCCCAUAGUUUUAUUAUAUUUUUGCUUAUUUUGUUAAAUAUUUCUUGAUUAUAUUUUAAUGUAGUUUAGAUCAUAAUUAGAAAUGUUGUGAGCCACAUAUUGGAUACCUGUGAUCUAGGUCAUCAUCUCUUCCUCUGUUUAUCCAAUUAUAUAUGUCUUGAAUCUCCUUUCUGGGUCUUAACAAUUUAUGAAUCUUGUGAUUGAAGGCUAAUCUUAUAGUAUUUAAGGUGUUACCCUUUGUGGGAUAUUUGCAUUUCCAUAUGGAAAGCCUGUAGAUAACCAACAAUAAGACUUCCUACUUCUGGGAUUUUAGACACCCACGCCAAGUCAGUAAUAUUUCUUUUAAGGAAUGGGUCUUUGUAAUACAAUAGAAAGAGUUCUGAUUCUGGAGUUAGAGAAUUUGAGUUCAAGUCCCACUCUAUUAUUAUCUGUAUAACCAUGGAAAUAAUCUCUGUGCCUUACUAUCGGGUCAAUUUUUACAUAAAUAUACAUUAUUUAGAAGAUACCAUGUUGUUUUGCUUUAGUUCCUUCAGCUUUUUGUUGAAUUCUUUAGUUUCCUUUUUGUUUAUCUUGACAUUAAAAUCAUCUGCCACUGUUGUGUUA